UACUCACACAGCUGAGAGAAAAAAGGAGCCAGUGGAAGGGGAAGGGGAAAAAGGCACCUCACAGCCCUGCGUGCCUCAGAUCAAGCAGCGGGCACCGGGAUCGCCGUGUCUCUUUGUUCUAUACCGGCUUUUUUAACAACGCAAAAAAAGUGACAUUUUGACCGCGUUGUUCACUCAUGCCAUCCCGGAAGUAUAUCGAAAUGGAACCUCGCGGGACCGCGGAUGACUGCGGGUCGAAGCGGAAGAGGCAUGACACCGAGCAGUCUGUCACCAACAGCUGCUCUUCCGGUUUGGAGUACACCGAUCUGGAGGCAGCCGAAGCGCUGGUGUGUAUGAGCUCCUGGGGUCACUUUGUCGGUGGCAACAGGCCGAACCCCUGCAAGCCGAGACCCCUCACCCCUGCCUCGGAUUCCUGCGACUCCCUCCUGCCCCCGGAGCUCCCAGAGCCCCCCAAAGACUUUGUGUCUCUUUCUUCUCUGUGCAUGACUCCGCCUCACAGCCCCAUCUUUGCAGAAACCUCAUCCUCCAGCGCUGCCGUGUCCUCACAAUGCUCCAAAGCCUCCCCCUCCCUCCCCACUCCGCCGCAGCCCUGUAGGUCCAUGGCGACCAGCGUAAUUCGCCACACGGCAGACAGCUCCCCCCGCCAAUACCACAUUCCAGCGGCCCCCAAUUUAGAGAGAGGUAGAGUUACGGAAAGGGCCGCGACGCUGCAGCAGCGGCAGAGCAUCACCCUGGCGGAAAAGAUAACCACACCCCCGUCUCCUCCUCCUCCAGCUGCUUUAGCCGCUGGUCCUUUUCCAGCCUCUUUGGACAAUGUCUCCGCACUCAUUCCUGUCAGCACUCAACAGCAAAACAGCCCUGCAAACCUAACCCCACCUUCAGUCAACAGCCCUCAAAUCAUCUGCCAGAUGUUCCCCUUUCCCAGCCAAUCAGGCAUAAUAUCAGCCUUAAUCCCCAGUGCGGUCCAGACGUCCCGGGCCCGGACUGCCUCCACGCCCAUUCUCCCUCAGCCGGCCACCUCAAACCCCGCCCACGUGCAGCAGUCCCUCAUUGUAGGCUCGGCGGUGCCUCAGGGUACGGUGAUGCUGGUACUCCCCCAGUCCUCUGUCCCCCAAGCCUCCCACGGACCUCAGACUGUCAUGACUCUAGGCAACAACAAACUCCUCCCCUUGGCGCCGGCCCCAGUUUACGUACCCACCGGACCCGGCGGGAGCGCGGCGGCCUCAAAGAUGGACUUUUCCAGACGGAGAAACUACGUGUGCAACUUCCCCGGCUGCAGGAAGACGUACUUCAAGAGUUCGCACCUCAAGGCUCAUCUUCGCACACACACUGGUGAGAAGCCCUUCAGCUGCAGCUGGGACGGAUGCGACAAGAGGUUUGCCCGCUCCGAUGAGCUCUCCCGUCAUCGGCGAACGCACACCGGCGAGAAGAAGUUUGUGUGCUCUGUGUGUGACCGGCGGUUCAUGCGCAGCGAUCACCUCACCAAACACGCCCGGCGCCACAUGACCGCCAAGAAAAUCCCCACCUGGCAGGCUGACGUUCGAAACCUGAACAAGAUGGCCGCCGGCAAAAACCCUCCAGCCAAAGCCACCGCCACCAGCACCAGCCUCGCCACCAUCAGCAUGCUGGUACCUGCUGGCUCUCAGUAGGCAACAAACACCUCAUUAAUGCAGGGAGCGGCCUGGCACAAAAUGGCUGUCUGACUCAUGGGAAUAACAAGAAAAACAUGCACUGGACCUUUAAAUCUCGACUGCUCAUUUGUACAUGUUCACGAAAGGAUUCUUUUUGUUUCAUGGAUGCACUCUUCUGCCAAAGCCUUUGUAUGACUUUGCAUUUUGUAAUCUCCAACCCUUUCCACAGUGUUUUUAUUAGUUGUGACACUAAUACGUGAAUGUAUUGAUUGUUUUGUUGUGUGUCCGAUUUUGCGGGGGAAACGUUGCUAUAUAAACAAUGUAAAUAUGAAUAUGUAAUCGGCAUUACUAUGAUUAUACCUUAAUGAUUACUGCAUACCUCUGUCUUUCAUAUUAUUUAAUACAUAUUUGUAAUUAAAAAGAUGGCUCAUU